AUGAAUUGGAGAGUAAAAAGAGAUAUUUUGAAGAAUUGAAAUCCAUUAUCAAUCGUUACAACAAAGUGUUAGGGAAAAUGCACGAUUUUUACGAAAUCGUUAGACCGGUCAUUCUACCCCAACUAAUGGUGGCUUCGGUUACUAUAAUAUGCCUAUCGUUUACUCUAUCAUUGAACUAUUUAAACGGUACUCUACUCACGUCAUCGCAAUCGAUAAAAUUUUUCAGUUUUCCAACGUUUCUCUUUCAGAUAUAUUACACUUGUCUCGUAUUCGGCAAUCUCAACGACCAGAAAAACGCCUUGAGCUUUGCGAUGUAUUCGAGCAAUUGGACGCAGAUGGAUAUGGAGUUUAAAAGAUUGUUUUUGCUAAUGAUGAAAAUGCACAACGCCAAUGGAUUGAACAUGAAGAUUACGAAUAAGUUGACCAUUGAUUUGGAACUAUGCGCUCGCGUGAUAAAUAUGUGUUAUUCAAUUUUUUCGGUUUUGGUAAAAUCGCAGUUGAAAUCAAGGAACAACAUAUAAAAUUUUCCAUUCAUUGAAUAUUCAGCAUUAGUAACAAAAACGUAUAAAAACUAUAAAGAAUAUUCCUGUUGAUAAAAUACAAACUAGAAUAUCAACUAUUGAUUGCGCCGUUAUCACUGUUUUAUUUUAAUCCUUAAGUUGAAAGCUUUAAAACCAAAGUGGCUUACUACUGUUUAAUCAAUGGUCUGUCUAUUUUAACCUAGACGUUUGUUGAACCUCCAAAUAUCAAUUUCACGUUUAGAUAUAAAUAUUAUAAUACAUUAUAUAAUCAAAUAAAUAGUCCAAGGAUCAUAAAACAAUGACGAAAAAUGUCAUUUAAUCUUAAGCAUUCGAGUUAGUUUUAUUAGGUUUCUAGUGUUACCAGUAAAGCAAUAUGCAUAUUAUAGAGGAGCUUUGUAAUUCAUUUUUGCUAUUGUUAAUCACGGAGUAGAGUAGAGAAAUUUACAAUGCAUUUUAAUAUUGUACACAUUUACU